CCUUGAGGGUCCUUACCAGAACUGGGCAUACCUUGGUGCUGCAUACUUGAAACCCCAGCACUAGAAAGAAUGUACUGGUCCAAGUGAACUGACUCUCUAGUCAGGUUGACAGUUGUUUUCUCCUGUUAAAUUAACAGAUCAAGAAGCAAUUGGAGAACAAGACCUCAGCAUUAGAAUCACCCCCUACAAAAGGACUCAAGAGAGUUUGUUGUUUGACUCCUGUUACUGCAGCAGUACUCAGAAGAAAAGGUAAGGGAAGAUCCUGAUGAUAUGAGCUCACUGUCCAAUCCAAGGUCCUGGUAAACAAAUUUAGAAUCUCAAACAUGAGGAAUUGUGACAUUUGUGGACAUUCCUGGCCAAGGUAGCUAGGGAUAACAACUUCUAGACAGAGUACAAAAAGCCAAGGUCUGCAUUAGGACGUAGCCUAAAAAGGCAAAGCCAGAGAUCAUCAUGAAUGACAAACUUCAUAGCGUGAAAGUCUAUGUUAUGGUGGAAGAUGAGCAAUGGAAAGACAUAGGUGCAGGACAAAUUUCAACCAAAUAUAUCGAACGGCUCCAGGGCAUGUACCUGCUUGUUCAUUCAGAAUCAGAUGGCUCACUGAUUAUGGAAUGCAAGAUACAUCCUAACAUGCCCUAUUACAAACAACAAGGGGAGGUAAUCAUUUGGUCUGAAGCUAAGAACCAUGGUAUGGCAAUACAUUUCCAGGAACCAAAUGGUUGUCAAGAGAUUUGGGAAGACAUUUGUCGAGUUCAAGGUAAGGAUUCAAGUGUAGAAGUCACACAAGAACAUACUGGUGAUCUGGAAUCUUUUGAAGAUCUGCUACCAACCUGGAAUCUGGUUGAGAUGCCAAAGUGUGACCUCCAUACACUUGAAAAUAUUGCAGAUUUAUUUACUUUUGUCGAUGAAAAACCAAGCCACAGGGAAAGACUGGCACUAGUCUUGGAAAAAGGAGGAUAUAUUAAAAAAUUGCUACAGCUUUUCAACACCUGUGAAAAACUGAAUGACAUAGAAGGCUUACAUAAUUUGAAUAGCAUAAUUAAAGGAAUCCUGUUUCUAGAUGAUGCACGCUUGUUUAAAAUCAUGUUUUCUGAUGAAUUUUUCAUGGAUAUGGUAGGAUGCCUUGAAUACGGCCCUGGUUUAGAUCAGCAAAAGCAAUACAGGAAAUUCUUGGCUCAACAUGCGAAAUUCAAGGAAAUUGUACCAAUAACACACUCCCAACUUAGGCAAACAAUACAACAGACCUACAGAAUGCAAUAUGUUCAUGAUAUUAUGUUGCCCAUACCAUCCAUAUUUGAAUCGAAUCUUCUUUCUGAUCUUACCAGUAUGAUUGUUUUCAACAAAAUUAAAAUAAUUACCAUGCUGCAGGAUGAUGAAAAUUUUUUGCUUGAAGUUUUUGCUCAGUUAAAAGAUAACACCAUAGGUGAUGAGAGACGGCAUGAAUUGUUAUUAUUCUUCAAGGAAUUCUGUGCAUUUGCUAAGACAUUAGAGGAUCAAGAGAAAGAGGAAUUACUGAAAACCCUAAUAAAGCUAGGAAUCAUGAGUGCUCUGAAAGUUGUAGUGCACAUGCAUGAUUACCAAAUACAAAUAGCUGCUCUAGAUAUAUUUCCUUAUCUAGUAGAAUAUAAUCCAGGCCUAGUCCGAGAAUAUCUACUGGAAGAAGCUCAGGAUAGUGAAGAUAAUGAUGACCUUCUCAUUAAUAUAAUGAUCAAACAAAUGAUCUGUGAAUCUGAUCCUGAAUUUUCACAAGGCAACGUUUUGCCAGUACUUCUCCAUGAUCUUCUUGAUCCAGAUAAUAUGCAUAUCACAGCCAAGGGAUGUGAAAAAGAGGAAUUUCUUAAUUUCUUCUAUACACGUUGCAUAAAUACCCUCAUAGCACCAAUUUUGUCUACCACAGCAGAGAAUGACAAUGCCAAUAAUAGGGCUAACAUCUGUCCUGAUAAUUAUCAAAAUGCACAAUUGCUGGAAGUAAUUUUAGAAAUACUUACAUUUUGUGUACAAUACCACUCAACAUAUAUAAAAAAUUAUAUUUUGAGUAACAACUUGCUCAGCAGAAUCUUGGAGCUGAUGAGUUCAAAGCACACAUUUCUGAUUUUGUGUGUUGUUCGGUUUAUGAGAAAGAUGGUAGAUCUUAAAGACGAGAAUUAUAAUAUUUACAUAAUUGACAAGAACCUGUUUGAACCAGUUAUAAAUGCUUUUGUACAUAAUGGACAUCGGUAUAAUAUGUUAAAUUCAGCUAUUAUUGAGCUAUUUGAAUUUAUAAGACAAGAAAAUAUCAAGUCUCUUAUUGCAAACAUUGUGGAAAACUUUUUUAUUGCUUUUGAAUCAAUUGAGUAUGUCCAGACAUUUAAAGGGUUAAAAAUUAAAUAUGAAGAGGAGAAGAGAAAACAUCAAGUAAGAAGAAAUUCACAUAAUGUAGUAUAUCAGAAAAUAUAUUGCAGACGUACCAAUGUUAUGGAGGUCAAAGUCAAGGCAGACUUAUGUUGUAGAAGAAUAAUAGGAGGAGAACGGACUAUUCUACCAAGGAGAAGAGACUUUUCAAGUCAUUAUGACAUAAUUAUGAAUAUUAAAAAGAUAAAUGAAAGUGAAAAUGUAAUAGAACAACAAAAAAGAACAUCACCUGAAGUUUCUAAAUGUUGUUCAUCUCAUGGGGAUGCUACUGCUAACAGAAUGAGUAUGGCACAUUGUAGCAGCCUGAUUCCUUUAGUGGAUUAUCCAAAUGGUAGUGAUGGUGAGGAUGAUAAUGAUCCUUAUAGUAAUGAUAAAGAUGAAGAUGAAUACAAAGAUGAAGAUAAAGAAACCACCCCCAAAAGACCCAAUCUUAGUUCAUAAAAUCAUGUGAGGCCCUCAAUUCCUAAUUCAAUUCAAAUUCUAUAAAUAUCACAAAUUGAAAAAU